AUGUCUUUAAUCUCCUCUAAUCCUUUAGUCUCCUCCACUAACGCCAGCGGCUCGUCCUUAAAACCCAUGCCCACGGCAACUGCUUUCACUGUUAACUUAGAGUUACGUGUGAUAACGGGGUUACAGGCAGAGGUGACCCAUCCACUGCUGGUUUCACCUGGAGGAGACGCUCAGGUGAAAAGCCAGGUUGAUGGUCAGGUGGCGCCGUUCAAGACCACGCUGCUGCUGGGUGUGAUGACCGUCGCGGAAAGGAGCUGUGGAGACUUGGAUGAUACGAAAGGGAAGAUACAGGGAGAGAGGGAGGACAAGGCAGGAAGGGAGGGCAGGGGUGGGAGGGAGAGCAGGGAGCGGGAAACAGGGAGAGGGGGCAAGGGAAGUGGGAAAGAGGCAGAGGAAAAGGGAGGGAAGGGGAGGGGUAAGCUGAAAGGUGAGGAGGUGGAGAUGAAGGGGAAGCAGCAGCGUCAGAAGCAGCUGCUGCCACGUCAGGGAUCGGGGCACCUGAGAAACCUUUCGGAAGGUUCCCUGCCUUUGGACUGGGGCAGCAGGGGAAAUGAGGAUGAUGGGGAGAUGCCGCAGUGGGAAGCAGAGCUUGAGCAUGGGGAUGAGUCUGCUUAUAGGGAGGAUGGGGAGAGCGGGCGAGGGGGGAAAAGGGGGAGCAGGGGAAGUUGGGAUGGGGAGACUAAGCGAAAAGGGGAAGGGGGGAGCAGGCGAGGGGGGGAAGGGGAGGGCAGGCGAGGGGGGAAAGGGGAGAGCAGGCGAGGGAGGGAAGGGGACAGCAGUGCUCGAUCGUCGACGUCCACGGAUGGGUGUGACAGGACAGGAGCCCUUAAUCAUGUUUCUGAUAAAUCUCAGAAGCUCUCUGAUAUGGCAGGAUCACAAGAUAAUGUUUCUGAAAGAUCUCAAAGACACCCUGAUAUGGUAGGAUCACGAGAUAAUUCUUCUGAUGUGUCUCAGAGGCACCCUGAUAGGCCAGAGCCACUAGAGAAACGGCGAGGGCAACGAGCAGCAUCACAGGCAGCGACUGCCACUGUAGCUGCAGCAGGAAGAGGAGGAGGAGCAGGAGGAGGUAGAGGAGGUGGAAGGUCAGGAAAGGGAGGGCAGGUGCAGAGGUGUGCGAGCGACUUAGAUUACUCCACUUGCACAGGAGGCGCCGAUUCCACCAACCACCAUGCUUUCCCCAAGUCAGCUUCGUCUGGUGGGCGGCCGCAGCAGCCCAAAAAGCAGGAAGAUGCUUAUGCCGCGGAUGAUCUUGAUGGGGAUUCGUGUGAAAAAGAUGCGUCGGAGGAUGCUUGUAACGAGGGCAGAAGCAGGGCAGUGGGGAAGGAAGGGGGCGAUAUGAGCGGAGGUAGUGAGGCUGUGGGGAUGAUGAGAGGAGUUGAUGCUGCAGGGUGGGAUGAGGCCGGGAGGUCCCAAACGUCGACUGCAGGGUCGGAGGGGCAGCAGGUUCGGCAGAGGCGGGUUUCCUUCUGGGACAAUGGGGAGGCGGAGGAUGGGGAGGGGGAGGGGGAGGAAGGCGAGGAGGAGGAGGAGGCUUGGGGGAGGCGCAGGGGGGAGAGGGAAGGGGCGAGGGAAGCGGGGAGGGAAGGGAGGGGAGAGGAGAAGGGACGGAGGAAGGCGAGGGGAGGGAGUAUGGGGAGUAUACACGAGCUCCUCCGAUUCUUGCAUCUGAGUUCCCAUUCGGAAGAGACGAGAGGAGGGGGAGGACGGGGAAGAACGUCUUCCGUGGGGAGACAAGUGCCGGUGCAGGCUUCUUUUGAGUCACAGCCGAAUGAAAAGGCAGCUUCUAGGAAAGUGCGGGAGCAGGUGAGGAGGCGGAGAGGCGGGUCCCUUGAGUGCUUCCCUGUGGCGUUCUCCCUCAGCGAUCGGCAUGCAGGGAGGACCUCGUUCUUUCAGCCGACUGAACGGCUCUCCCUCAGCGAUCGGCAUGCGGGUAGGGCGCCUUCCCUUGAAACGCAUGAUAGAGUUUCCGUCAGCAAUGCCCCCCCCGGAAGGCUUCAACCCGGAAGGGCGUCUUUCUCUGAGCUGGCUGGAAGGCUUUCCCGCGUCGAUCGUGGCACAGGGAGAGGGAAGAAGGAGGAGCAGGAGGAGGAAGAGGAUCAGGAGGAGGAGGAAGAGGAGGAGGAGGAGGACGAUGAGGAGGAGGGGGAGGAGGAGGGGGAAGAGGAGGAGGGAGAGGAGGAGGAAUGGGAAGAGGAGGAGGAGGAGGAGGGGGAAGACGAGGAGGGGGUGGCAGUAAAAGGGGAGUUAUGGAAAGGAGGCGAAAGGAAGAGACAAGGGAGUAGUUGUGAUACUGCUUCUGCUCCACGUGCGGCUGUGGGUGGUAUACCACCUGGUGCUGUACGUGCGGCUGUGGGUGGUAUACCACCUGGUGCUGGCGCAAUUGCCAUGAAACAGGAGCAGAGUGGAAGGAGUGGUAACGAAAGGGGAGGAAGAGAGAAAGGAGCAAAUGGAGGAGGAGAGAAGGGAGGUGGAGUUGGGGGAAUAGGUGGUAGGGAGGGGACACGGGCAGGAGGGGCCGGGGGUGGGAGAGAGGUGAGGAGAGGGGGAGCAGGCGGCGGGGAGGUGAGGCGAAUGGGAGUGCGGGAAGACAAGGUGAGGCGAGUGGCAGUGCGGAGAGAUGAAGAUGACUUAAAGCCAAGGCUGUUCAAAUCCCAGUCGUUUGCUUUGGGAGGAGGUAAGUCAGGCGAUGCUGGUGCUGUUUUGGGAAGCAGUGGGGGGCUAAUUCAGAGGCUGUUCAAGGGGCAUGGGGGCGGGUCUGGAGGCGCGUUUUUUGGUCCUAUGCCUCACGCGGGAGCAGGAGGGGCAGUGGGUGGUGGUGCUAGCAUGGGAGGUGUGUACAGAGGGACGUUUUCCCCGUACCAGCAGCAGCAGCAGCAGCAGCAGCAGCAGUGGCAGUACCAGCAGUUUCAGCAGUUUCAAGGAAACAUGCCCCAAGGCCCGAGCACCAGACUAGCACCAGGGCUAGCAGGGAUGAAUAGUACUGCUGCUGGUGGUCCUGGUGGUGCUGGUGCUGUGGGAAUGGGUGUUUCUGCAACCGAGCCUUUCUCAUCUGGACCCCUGCCUUGCGGGAUUGGACCUGAUAAUCUCCAGGCUGGUAACCCGUUACCUGGUUACCGCAUUGGCAGUAGAAGCUUUGAUUCCGCCACCACCUUGUGUGUAAACAGUGACGGCUCUGCUCCUGGUAACAGAAUCUUACCUGGUACUAGUGGUGGUAGUGCUGUUGCCACGGGCGGCCGGCAUCGGCCGUCUCAUAGUGCUGUACCAAUUGCUGAUUGGAGCUCUAUGGUUCCUGCUGUGGGCCUUGUGGGGGGAGGUAUGGCGGGUGGUGGUUCCAUGGGAAUCAUGGUUCCAGGUGCUAUGGCUUAUCCACCACCUUACGGCAUGCCACCUGCUUCUGGGAUUGCCGGAUCCGGAUCAAGGAUUGAUAGAAAGCGCAGCGCGUCAUGGGGUGGGGCGGCUGCCGAUGCGGCACCCAGGCUUCCGGGUUGA